AUUACAUGCAACAUCAUACUUUAGCAAGUCCUUGGCCGGCAUUCAUUCAUCGUUCAUUCUCACCACGGUUGUGGCACAGCUAACUCGUGUGUGUAUGUGUUCGAAAACAACAUUAAACAUUAUAAUUCGGAUACCAAUUCAAAAAUUAUAUGUGUGAUAGUGUGUUGGUGAAUGUGCGGCGUAUUUUAAAAUACUAUUCGAUUACCGUAGUUUACAGGAAUUCCAUAAAUAUUAAGUCCGGUUCGGGUGUGAGGUACAGCUUUUAUGACUUUAGCUAAUGCUCAUUAUUUCUCUUAGCCUCAGGCCAGGUCACUUUACAGUUAGUUAAUGCCCACACAAAUACUGAGAAUUACAGGUUUAUCAACAAUGUCUUCCUAUAGUUUAUUGUAAAUCUGUAAAUUAAGCAGCACACGUUUUAGUGAUUCGCACCUGAUAUAGUGACUGACAGGAACAGGCCAGGAGAUCAGUAUUAUUAUAAGUUUUGUGUUGAAAUCAGUGCUUUUUUCUUUCUACUUGUGAAUGAAAAUUAAAAAAAAAAGCUUUGCUGUAACAAUAUAGUUUCAUAGUACUUAAUGUAAGAUGGAAAAUUCAACUGAAUUAUUAACCACAAUUAAACCAGAGGAAGCUAUAACAAAUUUACUUGGAUUAGAGAGUAACUUAACGAAUUUACUUGUAAAUAGUACAAUUGAAACUAAUCCGUCUGAACCAGAACAAUUUGCAGCUCUUAAUAAAUUUUGUGGAUCCCCUUUUUGGGAUGUAUAUUUGUCAUGGAACGUCUCCAAUCCAGAAUUUACUCCUUGUUUUGAAAAAACUUUUAUGGUAUGGAUUCCAUGUAUAUUUUUGUGGAUAUUCACUGGUUUAGAAGUAUACUAUAUGUUAAGUAGUAAAAGAUGGAACAUACCUUGGAAUUGGCUGAAUUUAUUAAAAUUAGGAAUUACAGCAACUCUUAUAGUUUUAACAAUUAGUGAUGUUGUCACGUCGUUUAAAACAGCAUCUGCGAAUGAAAGUGUGGUAUUUGACGUCGAUAUUUACUCACCUUUAAUCAAAAUUUUUACAUUUCUUCUCUCUGGCGGCUUGGUGUAUUUCAACCGGAAGUAUGGAAUGCAAACAUCUGGUUUGCUGUUCCUGUUUUGGUUCUUUUUAGCAUUAUGCGGCAUACCACAAUUUCGUACAGAAAUUAGGAGAGGUCAGAACAAUGAUAUUCCGCCGGAGCAUUAUUAUUUUUAUACCAGCUACUUAAUUUAUUACCCCCUGGUGUGUCUGAUGUUCAUACUCAAUUGUCUGGCUGAUCAAGCACCGAAAGAAAGGAAAUAUCCACAAUCUAAGCAUCCAUGUCCUGAAGAAGGCGCCAGUUUUUUGUCGCGUUUGCUAUUCAGUUGGUUCGAUCCUUUGGCAUGGAAAGGGUUCAGAAAAUCUUUAGAAACCAAAGAUUUGUGGGACAUUAACAUUGAAGACAGUUCACGAGAAUUGGUACCGGUGUUCGAGAAAGCUUGGCAGGAAACUUUGGCUAAAUGUGAAAGCGCGCCUCCUAAUCAAGUCGCCGAAGCGAAAUUUAAAUCUGACUCAGGUAGUGUGGCUUUUGUUAGUAGCAAAAAGAAGAAGGAAGCGUCCGUUCUGCUGCCGCUCGUCAAAUGUUUCGGAUCCGUUUUCCUGUUCGGAGCUCUCCUCAAAUUGUUCCAGGACCUUCUGACGUUCGUCAGCCCGCAGAUUUUGGGAUUACUAAUUUCUUAUGUCAAACACGACGAACCGUUAUGGAAGGGUUACUUUUACGCCAUCUUACUGCUUGUUACGGCAAUGGUCCAAACGCUAUUUCUCUCGCAAUAUUUCAACAGGAUGUACAUCGUCGGUAUGAGAAUUCGUACAGUACUCGUAUUGACCAUAUACAGGAAAGCUCUGAAGAUAUCGAACAGCGCUCGAAAAGAGAGCACCGUCGGUGAAAUCGUGAAUCUCAUGGCCGUCGACGCGCAAAAAUUCAUGGACCUGGUGGGUUAUUUGAACUUGAUCUGGUCGGCGCCUCUACAGAUUUGUCUCUCUCUGUAUUUCCUUUGGCAAGAACUGGGACCUUCGGUGCUAGCUGGUUUAACGUUGCUGAUCAUUUUGAUUCCGAUCAAUGGUUUCAUAGCAAACAGGGUGAAAACGCUGCAAGUGAAGCAGAUGAAGAACAAGGACGAACGAGUUAAAUUGAUGAAUGAAAUUUUGAACGGAAUAAAGGUGUUAAAGCUGUAUGCUUGGGAGCACAGCUUCGAGGAGCAGGUGUUGAAGAUCAGGAAUAAGGAGAUUAAGGUUUUGAAGCAGGCCGCUUAUUUGAAUGCCGGUACUUCUUUUAUUUGGUCUUGCGCACCGUUUUUGGUAUCGCUAGUCACUUUCGCUACCUACGUCUUGGUGGAUGAUAAACAUGUAUUAGAUGCGAAUAAAGCCUAUGUUUCUAUCUCUCUCUUCAAUAUCAUAAGAUUUCCGCUGAGCAUGUUACCCAUGAUGAUAUCAAAUUUAGUGCAAACAUGGGUGUCAGUAAAAAGGAUAAACAGAUUCAUGAACGCUGAAGAACUAGAUCCUGACAACGUACAUCAUGAGCCUUCUGAAGAUUCGCCACUUAUAAUCGAAAACGGAACAUUCUCAUGGGGAGGCGACCCGAUUCUCAAGAACAUCAACAUCAACUUGAAAAAGAAAACGUUAACGGCCGUGGUCGGUACAGUCGGUUCGGGUAAAUCCAGCUUGGUAUCGGCGUUCUUGGGAGAAAUGGAUAAAAUAUCUGGAAGGGUUAAUUCGUACGGACAAGUAGCGUACGUUUCUCAACAGGCUUGGAUACAGAACGCCACGCUUCGGGAUAAUAUUCUAUUUGGUAAAUCGUACGAUAAGGCUUUGUACAAUGAUGUAGUCGAAGCUUGCGCUCUCAAACCCGAUCUGGACAUGUUACCGGCUGGAGACCAGACCGAAAUUGGAGAAAAAGGUAUCAACUUGUCUGGUGGACAAAAACAACGAGUCAGCUUAGCCAGAGCGGUCUAUUCGAACGCCGACAUCUACUUCUUGGACGAUCCUCUCAGUGCCGUCGAUAGCCAUGUAGGCAAACACAUUUUCGAAAAGGUCAUAGGACCGACGGGUCUGUUGAAGAACAAAACGAGAGCUUUGGUAACGCACGGCAUUGGUUAUUUAUCGCAAACCGAUAAAAUAAUUGUACUGAAGAACGGUCAAAUAUCCGAAACGGGUACUUACCAAGAAUUGAUGGAUAGGAAGGGAGCUUUCUCAGACUUUUUGUUGCAGCACAUCACGGAGGAAAUAGAAACCGAAGAAGAAUUGGACGAACUCAAAGACCAGUUGAGCGAUACGCCUCUAGCAGAAGAAGUCCAACGUAAAUUGGUCAGGCACAGACUCGCAUCCGAAUCGCUCUCUGAAACCAGUUCGGAUCACCUCGGCAACGGUUCGAUCCAACGAUUAAACAGCAUAGAAAAGAGCACCCGAAAACAGUCCGUUGAAGAUUCGAAAAAAAUGUUCCAAACUGGUGAAAAAUUGAUCGAGGUGGAGAAGGCCGAAACCGGUAACGUUCGUUGGUCCGUUUACAAGCACUAUCUCAAAUCUAUCGGGAUGAUAUUCAUGCUGUCGACGCUGAUAUUCAAUAUGAUUUAUCAGGGUUUCAGCGUGGGGUCGAACGUUUGGUUAGGAGUGUGGGCUGACGAUACCAGCCUUGCUUACAAUGGUACCGUGAAUGCGGCGAAAAGGGAUAUGUAUUUGGGUGUUUAUGGUGCUCUUGGACUGGGACAAGCUAUACCCGUCAUGUUCGCUGAUCUGGGAGUUCAACUGGGAACUUUAGGCGCUGCUAUGGUCUUGCACCACAAAUUGCUCUUGGGAAUUUUGCGAACGCCCAUGCAUUUUUUCGAUACCGUUCCCGUAGGUCGAAUAUUGGCUAGGUUUUCCAAAGACAUCGAAGUGGUCGAUGAUGAUUUACCGUGGUACUUUGCCGAUGGGAUAUUCUGUUUAUUCGAGGUUGUAGGCACCCUAGUUGUAAUAAGUUACACUACGCCACUGUUUAUAGCCGUAAUCAUACCGCUAUGUAUUAUCUAUUACUUUGUACAAAGAUUCUACGUGGCCACGUCCAGACAAGUCAAGCGAUUGGAAUCAGUGUCGCGAUCCCCGAUCUAUUCCCACUUUGGCGAAAGCGUAUCUGGCGCUCAUGCCAUAAGGGCGUACAACCAACAAGAUAGAUUCAUCAGAGAAUCAGAACAAAAGGUAGAUCUGAAUCAAAUCUGCUACUAUCCCGGAAUCAUAUCGAAUAGAUGGUUGGCUGUCAGAUUGGAAAUGUUGGGCAACCUGAUCAUAUUCUUCGCCGCUCUGUUUGCGGUUAUCGGAAAGGAUACUGCUCCUGGAUUGGUGGGGCUGUCUAUUACGUAUGCAUUACAGAUUACCCAAACGCUUAACUGGCUAGUCAGAAUGACUUCUGAUGUAGAAACAAACAUUGUAGCGGUCGAACGUAUCAAGGAAUACGGUGAGGCGCAGCAAGAAGCAGCUUGGGAAGUACCACACAAGAACCCACCGUCUACCUGGCCAUCAGUUGGUACAGUAGCGUUCAAAAAUUAUUCCGUAAGAUACCGCCCGGGUUUGGAUCUGGUACUGAAAGAUGUCGAUUUCGAAAUAAGGGGCGGGGAAAAAGUCGGUAUCGUAGGCAGGACCGGUGCCGGUAAAUCCAGUUUGACAUUGGCAUUAUUCAGGAUAAUUGAAGCAGCUAAAGGAAAUAUUUUCAUCGAUGGCGUCAAAAUCGAUGAACUAGGUUUACAUACGUUAAGAUCGAGAUUGACAAUCAUACCUCAAGAUGCUGUUCUGUUUUCUGGUUCAUUACGUUUGAAUUUGGAUCCGUUUGAUGCUCACAGCGAUCAGGAUGUUUGGAGGUCAUUGGAACACGCUCAUCUUAAAGAAUUUGUUGAAGGAUUAAGUGCUGGUUUAAACCACGAAGUGACAGAAGGAGGGGACAAUCUGUCCGUUGGGCAAAGGCAGUUAAUCUGUCUUGCGAGGGCCCUACUGAGAAAAACGAAAAUUCUCAUUUUAGACGAGGCCACCGCAGCCGUCGAUCUAGAAACUGACGAUCUCAUCCAAAAAACAAUCAGGACAGAGUUCAAGGAUAGCACAGUGCUUACAAUCGCGCACAGAUUGAAUACUAUUAUGGAUUCGGACCGAGUUAUCGUUCUGGAUAAAGGAGAAGUCGCCGAGUUCGAUACCCCGGCCAAUCUGUUAGCUAAUGAAAGAUCAAUAUUUUACAGUAUGUCACGUGAUGCAGGAUUAGCUUGAUGUUUUUAGGUUUCUAUCUAAAUAAUAAAAAAAAAAAAUAUCGUGAAUACCAGUUGCCAAUCUGACAUACUUAUUUAUGUUUUUGUUAUUUAUGUAACAUCACUUCAUAGAUUCGAGAAAAAAGUAAGAGGUUUUUGAGGAAUUUUAGACGUGUUACUCCCAAAAUGAUUAGAUGCGUUGUUCACACGUCUAGGUUCGCGUAAUAAAGUAUUGAAUUUUAUUUUUGGAAUUGAAAAGAUUUUAGUUUUUUUAUAAAACGAUGUUGAUUAUUUAAAAUUUGCUUGAUUAAAAUAAAGGAUUACAAAUGUGCCACAUAAAUAUUUGAUUUAAUCAAGGGUAAUAUACCAAGACCUUAAUAAUACUCAGCUAUUUUUGUUGAAUCUAAAUCUUGAGAAUAUUUUAGCAUUAAUAAUCUGAUUAGAGCCCGAAACUUUAGCAAUGCAAAAAUUAUGUAGAAUCAAAUUGAAAAACGUUCGAGAAAUUUAGCAACAACAAAAAUGGCAGAAUAUUAAUCAAGGUCGUGUUAUAUUUGGGACGACUAUUUUACUAGAUCAAAUAUUUAUUUCUCUAGAAAAAUAGUCGCUGAUAUUUGGUCUAGGAAGAUAGUCACAAUUAUUUUUUAUUUUAUGUACUUUGUGUUAGGAAGUUCAGACCUUUUUAUUCCUACUUCUUUUGGUCUUGAAUAAUUUUACUAUAAAUAUGAUUUUUCUUUUACUCCUUUUAUUUCUACUACUUGAUUUAAUAUUUUCAUGAAAGGAAAAUACAAAUUACUCAAGUAACGGAUGUAUUUUUAAAUAUCCAACUCGAAACUUCAAUCAAUACUCUUUUUCCUUUUUAAUUUUUCUUUAAAAAAAGUUUUCUUUUAACCUUAAUUCAUAAUUUUUCAAGGAAUUACCCAUGCCGCGAUAACUCGAAAUUAUAGUCGCGGUUUCUUUUAAUAUAAGUCGUAUUGAACAAAAUCAAUAAUUUCCAUUCUUAUUCCUACUUCUUCGAAUUGAUUUAAAAUUUAAAAAAAUAGUAUCAAAAGAAGUAGGAAUGUACAGGAUCACUAAUUCUCAGAUUAUUUUUAAUUUGUUUUUGUGUUUGUUUUAAUCAUCUCGUCCUACCUUUAUUGGGCUGCUCAGAUUUGCGAUUUACGUGAAAAAUAAUUUUUUGUUAUACGUUUUAUAUAUAUUUUUUGGACAUUUCCAGAUAGAAAAUUUCGUUGUUUUUUCUUUAAUAAAAAGAAAAUAUUUCUUUUCAUGAUAUAAUUAGUUUGGAAAAAGUAUAAACUGUGUAAUUACGUCUGAUCUCGUUUUUUAUUAUUUCUGCAUAGAAUAUUUUGAAUUCUAAUUCUUUAAAAAUCACUUUGGGAGUAGUAAAUUCACGUGCAAGUAAAAUAGGAAAGUGAAACAACUGAGGAUGGGUUUUCAUUGGGCAUUAAGAGGUUGUUUUGCACAACUUCUCCAUAAUGCUGUCCUGAUGAAACCUGAAACUGUCUGUCCUGAGUUGGUUUGCUAUCCUAAAUGCGAACAGCUCUUUAGGGAAAAGGUGAACAAUUUAAUGACGAUAAAAAGAUAUUUUUUUUCUAAAAUUUAGCUGAAACUCUCAUUUAUGCUUACCUGAUACCAACAUAUUUUCUAUUUUUGUACUUAACUGUUACUUAAUACCGUUUAGUACGGAACUUAAGCCAUGGAAAAAAAUACUUAAUACCAGCCUAAUAUUUAUGAAUAUUACCUCAAAUGAUUUUUCGAUAGCCAUAAGAAUUUUAGCAAAAUUCAGUAUUCUUGCCAGUUUGUUUGUAAAUAGGAACUAUUU